AUGGCCAACCCAUUCAGUAGGCAGUCCAGCAGCAAAAGCAAGCAUUCUGCCUUUGUACCCUCUCCUCGAUUCCUGUCCGAGUCGCCCGCCAAGAAUCGCAGUCCACUCCACGUCGACUAUCCAGGCCAACCGUCACGCAACGAUUUGCGGUCUCCUAUACCCCCACCACCAGCCAAUCUAUAUCCAGGCACUCCUUUAGCUUUCACCGUCGACCCGGGAGCUCCGUUUCUUGCAGCGGUAGCGCCGACGGAUGACCAUCGAUCUGAGAAUGGCUCGACGUGGGACGACCCGGGACCGAAAGGGUUCACAGGCGCAGUGGUAUCCGGCAUCAAAAACGUCGUGAAAAGGUCGUUGCGGGACAGAUCGAGAUCGCAAUACACACAAAAGCAGAGGGGUUAUGGGCAGGUGGAUAAUAGCAUUGUGUAUGAUCUGCCGCCUCAGCUUCGAGAUUCGGGAUACGCAGUUUCGUCUGUGCCGAUUCCACCGUCGGGUCUUCCACCCAUGCCUCAAAAUCUGUCGACUCCUCCUUCCUCUAGGCAUACAUCGUACUCUGCGCGUGCUCCGUCGGAGACACUCCUGGGCCACGCCGAGGACAGAUACGAUAAAGACGAUGCAACCAUCAUAGGCCACUCAAAUAGCGUUUUGAAGCAGCAGACAAGACCUCAGCCUGUCAAUCAGGAAUACGAGUACGGUCAGAGAUAUGAGUCUGACCAGGAAGAAUCUCCUGCGCAGCAAUACCAGCGACAGGUGAUGGAUGCGUAUCGCCUUUCCCAGACGGCAAGCCCAUCCAGACAAGUACCCCGCCGGUACACGGUUCCUCAACCCACGUACUCUGAGAUCAUCGGUCCAGAAGACAUUGCGAGUCCAGUAUCGGCGGAUCUGCAAAUUGGACCGAACUACAAGCAGAUGGACGUCAGGACGCCGCCGCCGAGCGAGAUUUCUUUCAACACGUACCUCAAACGACUGCAGAAAUUUGCGAGCGAUGUGAACAGUCUUCCGUGGAUCGCGAAGGAACGCGUCACGAAGGAUUAUUACCCGGAGAGAUCGAGGAGGUCGGACGAGCCCAAGAAAGCACCCGCGAUCGUGUGGCGAAGCGAAGCCUUUUUGAAAGCGGAGGGGUAUCACGAUCCAGAGGGGAGCGGCGCAGAUGGGGAUGGCAGCUUUUCAGAGUGGUCAGGGGUGGAGAAGGAUGGCAGUGUGAGGACGGGUCCGGGGAUGCAUGCACCGCGGAGGGGGUCUCGCAGUGCGAUGGACCUCGACGCAGAGUUUGAAGGCAGUCGUACGCCGUUGCCCGCGAAUCAGCCGAACUUGACGCCGUACACGCGACCGCGCGGUGUGCAGCUUACAGACACGCCUAUGCCGCCGCGCGUCAGUCAACCGCCGGAUUCUGUGCUUUUUCAGAAGGGGCCGCCGCCUGUUAUUCCUGACCUUCCGCUCCCUCAGCAGCAGACGAUGCCUGUGCAGCCUGGAGGAGAGCAAGGCAAUGGAUAUGUGCAUAUUGUUCCAUCGCACCCGCCUCCAAUUAUUGCCCAGACGCCAAAUACAUAUACGGCUCCUGUUCCUCCUAUGGCCAAUCAAUAUAUACCUCAAGACCCGAAUGCAUACUCGAGAGAUUAUUCACAACCCUUCGGCCCCGAAGGUCAAAAUACAAAUGCCUGGUAUCCUCCUCAAGUUACACCCCCAAACUAUUCCAUCGAAGCCGUAAAUCAGCUUGUACCAACCGCUGAAUUCCCAUACUUGGGUCCAAAUCCAGACUGGGCAGGAGGUCAACCACCACCACCACCAGUCGCGUUCCCUUCGCCACCUAGACCGCUGCGCGAACAAGACCGCACCAACCAAUCACCCAUCUUCAUCCCUCCCUCGCCUAGACCGCCACCGUCACCACAACAGCUACAGCCACAGCAACGAACCCCUACAGGCCAGCCACCAGCAGCAUCCUUCCCUUCCCCCGCUCCCGCUCCCCCUAGACCACGAGAGCACGACCACGCAAUGUCGCCCUCCCCCGUCAUCCCACCCCUCAACCUCGCCCCAGCCGCACCCACCUUCCCCAACACCCCACGCGCCUCCACGCCCAUAUCCGCACCGCAAUCCUCCGCGCCGCCCUCGCCCUCGCCAGCGCAGUGGGAGCAGUACGCGACGAGCCAUCGCACGGGGUAUGUGCCCGCGCAUUAUGCGGAGCAUUAUUAUGGGGAGGUGUAUGGGCCUGGGGUACAUGCUGCGCGCCCGCCGGUUGUGCAGCCGCCGGUUACGGUGUCGGCGGGGAGUGGGAGUGGGAGUGGGAGUGGGAGGUCGGGGAGAUCGGACACGGACAAAGUUGUGUACUAA